AUGCCAGCCAAAGGUGGAGGCAACGCGAAAAAGGAGUCCGGACGAGCCAAGAAGGCGGCCAACGAGGACAAGAAGGCCUCGGAAGCCGCUGCUCGGGCCGAAGCAGAAGAAGCUGCGCGAUGGGACGACCCCGCUGGCGGCAAAGGCAAGUCUGCGGCCGAGAAGAAAGCCGACAAAGCAGCCGAAGCAGCUCGCAAAGCCGAUGAGAAGCGACGGCUCGAGGCGGAAGACGAAGCUUCGACCCCCACAGCGCCCGUCAAGUCGGCGAACAAGGGCAAGGGUGCACCGAAGAAGUCGGCGCUCAAGUCCGGUGGGUCGACGGGUAUCGAUGCCAUGCCGAGCUUCUCGGCGAGCAACCUCGAUGAUGCGUUGGACGCCAUGUCGUUGGUCAAUGAGAGGAGCGAUAAGGCCGGCAAGGGCGCAGCAGCGAGCCAGAUCGAAAGGCAUCCAGAGAGAAGGUUCAAGGCUGCUUUCGAGGCGUACAAGGAGCGCGAAUUGCCGAUCAUCAAGGAGGAACACAAGGGUCUGAGGUUGCAGCAGUACCACGAUCUGCUGUACAAGCAGUUCCAGAAACACCCCGACAACCCGUUCAACCAACUCAGCGUCGCGUACGACGCGAGCAAGGAGGACAAGCUCGCCGCACUGGACAGCAAGAGGAGUCAGGCGGAGAAGCGAUUGCGCGACUGA